AUGACUAGAUACAAUAAGUUUUUACUUGUAAUACUGCAUUUUGUUAUAAUAACAAUACUUUUCGCUGCAUCUAAAGAUGACAAUGGUUUCUGUGAUAAAUCUGGGAAACAUUGCAAACCUGGUUCUGGUGAGAAAUUCUUAAUGUACGACGUUAAUCCACCCGAAGGCUUCAAUUUACGAAGAGAUGUUUACAUGAGAUUCGCUAUAAUGCUGAACGAAACACAGAAGAUGGGUAAAAAAUUAAAUUGGCGUUUAGUUCUUCCACCUUGGUAUAGACUUUAUCAUUGGAAAUCGGGUGCGCAAAAUAAACCUUUGCCUUGGAAUAAAUUCUUUGAUGUAAAUUCUCUCAAAACAUACGUACCGGUGAUAGAGUUACAAGAACUGGUAUCAAAUUCGAUAACACCUUUAAAAAUUGAUCGUCUUUAUGUAUUACAAAAUUAUGAAAAUGCCUUUGAAGAUGGUGUAUUUCAUGAUAAAUGGACGAUAACAGAUAAUUGUAAAUAUGAUGGUUAUUUUUGGGGAUACAAUAAUAUCACAGUAAAAGAAACUGUUUGUGUUAAUUUUCAAGGAAAAAUAUCAAAGUUAUGGGAAUUAAUUUCACUGCAUCCAAAAGAUAAAUAUGUUAUGUUUUCCCAUGGAGAAAUACCUUUACAUAUCUCUUAUGGAACUAAGACUUAUUGGGACUGUAGAAAAAGCAUGAAAUUCAACACUGGCUUAGUUAAAACAGCAAAAAACUUCAUAUUACAAUUUUUGGAUUGUAAAAUUGAAAAAUGUACUACAUAUUUAAGUGUUCAUUGGAGACGGAGAGAUUUUGCAUACAGUAGAGGCAAAGAUGUACCAACAUUACAAGGAACUGCUAAACAGAUAGAUCAAAUAGUCAAAGAUAAUGUACCAGAUAUCAAAACAAUUUUUAUUGCAACUGAUGCAUCCGAAACUGAAGUUAAAACAUUGGAAAAUGAUCUUAAAGAAUUGGGGUAUAAAGUACACUUUUAUAUACCAAGUAAAAAGGAAUUAGAUAUGUACAAAGAUGGUGGUGUUGCUAUUAUCGAUCAAAUAAUAUGUUCUCAUGCGGCUUUCUUUGUAGGCACAUAUGAUAGUACAUUUACGUUUAGAAUACAAGAGGAAAGGGAAAUAUUAGGUUUUCCUAGCUCUACAACUUUUAAUAGGCUUUGUCCUGAUAAAGGGAAAUGUGAAAAACCCUCAAAAUGGACUAUUGUUCACUAGAGAACAUAUUAAUCAAGAAUUACUUUGAUAAAAAUCAUAAAUUAUAACUAGAAUUUUAAAUUCUAUAAAAUUUUACCAUCAUCAACCUGCCCUUAUCCAUAUGGAGGGUCAGAACUAUGUACUCCUCCAUACAUCUCUAUCAGCCGUUAUAUCUAGAUUCGCCCCCUUCUUACAUAUAUCCUCUUUCACACAAUUCAUCCAUACUUUCUUUGGUCUUCCUCUACCU